AUGGGCCUCCAGAAGAAGUCCCGCAAGUAUGCUCAAGUUAAGAGAGCCAUCACAUUGCGUGAUAAUCGCCUAAAGGAAAAUCAGAAGACGGACAAGAAAGGUAAAUCUGAGAAGGAUGAUCUGUCCUCAAGCCCCGUCAUCCCUUUUCUUCCAAUUCAACACGGCUCUCGCCCCCCGUACUCGGUCCUUGUCGAUACCAACUUCAUCUCUCACACCAUCCAGCACAAACUGGAAGUUAUCCCGACCAUGAUGGAUUGCCUUUAUGCCAAGUGCAUUCCGAUUGUCACUGAUUGUGUGCUCGCCGAAUUGGAAAAACUCGGUCCGAAAUAUCGAUUGGCCUUGCGUGUUGCCAAAGAUCCACGCUUCGAGAGGGUUAAGUGUGACCACAAAGGGACAUAUGCGGAUGAUUGUCUUGUUGACCGAGUCAUCAAACACCGCGUGUAUAUUGUGGCGACGAAUGAUCGUGAUCUCAAGAGACGGAUCCGGAAAAUCCCUGGUGCUCCAAUCAUGAGUGUUGCACGGGGAAAGUAUCUCAUUGAGCGACUCCCAGAUGCCCCGGAGAAGUGA